AUGUCAUUGAGUGAAAUCCAAAAUUGCGAUGCACGACUAUUUACUCCACUUUCAUAUUCAAAUAGGAACCAUAGGUUGUGUAUCCUACCAAACGGGAUAUUAACAUUACUUAUAUCCGAUCCCGAUGACAAGAUGUCAUCAUGCUCUCUAUCUGUUGCAGCCGGUUCUUAUUCAGACCCAAAGGGUAUUCCCGGAAUUGCACAUUUAUUCGAACAUAUGUUGCUUGCAGCAGGGUCAACUAAGUACCCAGUCCCAGGAUAUUACCAUGAAAUGAUUACAAAGUAUAACGGCUUUCAAAACGCGUUUACUACAGGAGAACAAACUACCUUUUAUUUUGAAAUACCUGUAUUAUCACUUGACGGAACAAUAGUUUUUGAUAAUAUCGUAGACGUAUUCGCAUCAUAUUUCAAUGAUCCCAUUUUCAACCCUUUAAUUAUUAACAAGGAGGUCUAUGCCAUCAAUAGUGAACAUGAAAAUAAUAUAUCAUCAACAUCUAAAAUUUUGUACCAGGCUACGAGACUCCUGGCAAAUAGAGACCAUCCGUUUAGUCAAUUCUCGACCGGAAAUAUGGCUUCCUUGAGAAAUGUAUCUGCUGUCCAUCCUAAAAAUUUAAGAUCGUUAUUAAUCAAAUAUUAUCGGGAGAAUAUAUCGAGUCGGACGAUGACCUUAUGUAUAAGGGGUCCACAGUCAGUUAAUUCAUUAGCCAAGCUGGCAUACUCGAAUUUUGGGAAACUACUUGAUAAGAAGGUAGGUUUAAUAAGAUCCCUGAGUACAAUUAAGUGUCGACCUUACUCUAAGCCAAGGGCAAAAAGGAACAUCAAUAAUAAAGAACUAGAUGUUAAUAAUUUUCGCAUUUUAGAAGAAGUUUGGAAAACUAAACUCAAUGGUAUUCAAGUAUUUACUAAUGAAAAGGAAAACUGUGAUAAUACAAUAUUUGUCAAAUCAAAUAAAUCCUUAACUGUACGAUUCGUGUUUCCAAUAAAUUUUGAUGAUAAUAAGUUACCUGAUAAAGAUAUCAAAUUAUUCUCAAGGAUUUGGUGUGACCUGUUUGGUGACGAGUCUAGAACAUCGUGUUGUGAGUAUUUUAUGGAAAGGGAAUGGAUAACUGGCUGUUUUUCCUACGUUUCUGAAUUUACAAUUCAAGAUAUUGGUCUUGUGUUCGAAUUAGAUCUAAGCAAUACCGGAUGGAAGCAUUUAGACAACAUCACUGAAAUAUUAAUUUCCAACGUAAUACCACGAUUUACUAGAGGUAAUCUUCAAAAAUUAUCAAAGUAUAUUAGAGAUCAAAAUUACAUUGAUAUAAUUUCUUUUAUCAACCAAAAGAAAAAAAAAUCUCCAAUGGAAGAAACUUCUGAAAUAAGUAGUAUUCUAUUAGAAAAUUUAAAGGAAUUAACUGUUGUAAAUAUUUUUAAAGGAUCUUCUAUAUUAAGUGAAAAUAGUAGCGACGUGAACACAGAAAUCCUAGAUGAUAAAAGUCAGGAUAUGGAUAAUUGGUGGCGAGAACAGGCUAUUAAAUUUCAGAAGUUUUUAGCUGAUUGCAUGUCUCCUACCAAUAUGCGUGUUAUUGUACAUGGAAAUAACCCUCAAAGGUGUGGUUUAAUGAAUAAUUUCAAGAAAAAACUCAGUUUAGAUGAGUAUUAUGAAUUUAAGUAUCAAAAGAAAUAUAUUAAUUAUUCCAAAUUUUAUAAGAGAUACGCUACAGAAUAUAAAAAUAAUGGCAGUAAUAUUGAUUACCCAGGUGAAAAUUCCUUUAUAAUUCCAGAAUAUCGAAAUUUAACAGUUUUAAGACAAAUUUUGAUGGAAACCAGUCUAAAAUCAAAAUAUUCGUCACUGAUACCAAAUAUUACAGAACAUCAAAUAUUACACUUGCCGCGACUUGUUAGCUUUAACUCCAAAUAUGAGCUAUGGGUAUUAGAAGAUGACACAUUAAAUGAACCUCUAACUAGGAAAACUAUUGUUACUUUUGAGUUGGCCUCUACAAGUAUAAACCCUAGCCCCCGAAAUACAAUUCUUUUAGAAAUCUUAGCCCAAAUAUUAUUCAAGAUAGUUUCACCUGAAUUAUAUCAAGCUGUUAAAGUAGGGUAUGCUUAUACAAUCGCAUCGUCUGAUAGAGGUGAAGUUACAUUAAAGUUUUCGAUUUACGGGUUUGGGACAGGAAUUAUUCAGAUAAUGGAUCAUAUUACAGCUGGUACUGAAAGUAUAUUAAAAAUGAAUAGUCGAUCAAAAAGCGAUAAGGAAAUGUUUAGAAAAGGUCGAAUUCUUACUAGAAACAAGUAUAAAAAUGCUUCAAUGGAAAAUUGUAUAAAAUCUAGUAGUAUUGGUCUCUUAAUUCUGUUAGAGAAACAUAUGUGGACAUUAGAAGACCGAACAGAUGCUUUAGAAAGCAUUGAUAUGGAUGAAUUUUUAAAUUUUUGCGAUAAGUUUUUAAAAGGUGAUAAUAAUUUCUUAACAUUGUUCAUCCAAGGUGAUUUGAGCCAAGCAGAUACUAUUAAUAAUUAUUUAGAUAAAAAUAUGACUGGACAUUUUUCAACAAGAACGGAUUUCCCUGGAAGUCCGCACCGUGUCACAAAUCAACCAUUAAAGACAGUCGUAUUGAAACCUGGUUCAAAUUAUUUAUUAGAGCAUGAUGGUAUUUGUGAUGAUCCAAAUAAUGCUAUCACUUAUUUUAUUCAAAUGGGAUCUCGAUAUGAUUUAAAGAUAAGAGCCUUAACUUUUUUCACAUCAUAUUUAAUGUCGUUAACUUUAAUACCUGAGUUAAGAAAUAAGAGACAAAUUGGUUAUGUUGUGAUGAGUGGUGUAAGAGAAUUGACUGAAACUAUUGGAAUACAUAUUACUAUAAUGUCAGGAUCUAAUCCAAUAUCGAUAGAAGAAGCCAUUGAUGAAUAUUUAGAAGAUUUUGAAAGUGAAAUAUUAGGAACCAUUAAUGAUUCAAUUUUUUUUAAUGAAUAUAUUCUUAAAUAUAUUCAAAUUAUUAAACAUGAUCCAUCAUUAUUAGAUACGACAAAUGGUUCAACAGGUGAGACAACAAGUGGUCCAAUUAAUUUAAUGAAUGAAAUUAUACCGAAUGUUAGAGUUGGUUCGACAGAGAUUCUUAAUAGUUAUGAAAUGAAUCGACAUAUACAAUUUAUGAAUAAAAUAAUUGAUGGUGAAGUUAUAUCUAAUAAAGAAUUACAAGAAUCUCAACAAAAUAUUCUGGAACAAAUAACAUUAACGGAAUAUAAAAAUUUCAUUUGGGAGAAGACUUCAACAUUUUCUGCAAAGAGAAGCAAGGUAUCAAUUAUGAUUAAUAGUGUAAUGUCACAGGACGAAAUUAGAGAACAAACAUUAUUAUUACAAUUAGGUGCAUUUUUUAAGAUGAAAGGGUUAUUAAUAGAAAGUAAAGAGUUACAAGAUAUUGUAGAGAGGACACAUGGUAAUCCUUUCUUAUUAAUGAAGGGCUUAUUAGCAUCCUUUCACAAUAAGAAAGAAGGUUUAAGAUUAUGCUCGGUUAUAUUAAAAGAGAUUUAUAAUUCAUUAGAGACUGCAAGUUAUCAAAAACUUAUUAAAGCACCUUUAGGAACCAUUCAACGAGUUAGUAACCGAUCUUUCCAUCAGUACUUAGAAAAUCCAAAUAAAACCACUUGGAAAGAACAGCACCCUAAUCAAACAAACGAACCAUCAACAUUACAACAACGUAUCAAGGUGCCAGCUGUAGAAUUACCAGGCCCUAAUGCCUUUAGAACAAUGAAAACUUCAUUGAUAUAG